AUGGCUCACGAAAUGGUCAAAAACGCGCCACAGCGAAAGUUCGAGAACCGUGUAGAAAAUUCGAAACGCGCGUUCACGCUCUGAGCAGAAUUGACUUGGCAAUUUCAUUUCUAUACUAGUUUAAUUUUUUUUUUAAAUAAUUUCAAAAGAUUGUGUACCAGUCUAAUAAAUAUAAAAAAAAGCCAGUAAACUUUUGUAAAUUGAUUUCCGCUAGAGAUAAAUUAAAAUUUCAAAACUGAUUUUCGAUAUUACGAUGUCUAGAUUUCUGACUUGAACAAAAUCUAUGAUUUUAUUUUUCCAAUAACCAUAAAAAUAUGGCGUCUCUUAGAACUUAAAUAUCUAAAUUGAGAAGGAAGUUGAGCCAAUAAAAAAUUUAAUUGAUCAGAAGAAAAAAAAAAUGAGCGAAGGAAAUUUUGGAAUAUUCGGCAGGCACCAUAAUUAAAUUUCAAUCUGGUGUUGACGGGCUUCGAUUGUAUAUAGAGCGAAUGUAUUCGAAACUGCUCAGGACACCGGGGUUGACGAAACUGAAAAAAUUCCUGUCUCUCUCUCUCUCUAAAUCUUUCACAAAUGACCGAACAAAACACGGGGAAAAAAACCUAAUGUAAAAAAAAAAACUGCGAGCGCAUAUCUUCGAAGCAUCCGUCAUCCCCGCCAUCUCCUACGCGACUGAAGUUUGGCCUGACACGAAGAACACCACGACCGCCCUACGAACAUCUUACCGCGCAUUGAAACGUGCGCUCCUCGGUACCACUCGCUUCGAACAGUGGAAAAAAGAACAGACGAGCACAGACCUCCGUCAGCGGUCCCAAAUCCAGGACCUCGAAGAGCACAUUCAACGCGGGAAGCAUCGCUGGGGAGGCCACGUCAUUCGCAGACAAGAUGACCGCUGGUCGACGAGAACGACCCACUGGAUCCCGAGAAACAUCAAGCGCCCACCGACCAGAUGGACGGACUACUUUCGCAAGAACAUCAGUCAACCAGGCCGCCACUGGAUGACCGUUGCGCAAGACCGGGCCGCCUGGAGAACGUGUGGUCCACGCUGA